CGUCGUGUCGAGCUUAAUCUCGGGGGAAGGAAAGGAACGGAAAGGAAAGUCUUGGGUCUUGGUCUUGGUGCGCGCAUCUCACGACGCGGCGUGCGCGCGCACGAGGUCGGCCGUCACCUCCAUGCCGAAGACGAAGGAGACGAGGGCCGAGCCCGCCAUGGCGCUCUUGAGGACCUCGUCGCCGGUCGUGGCCACGGACGCGUGGUGGGACCAGUUCGCGAGGUCGUCGUCGUUCGGCAGGUCCACCUGCGCCUUGCACGCGGGGCCCGUCGGCGGCGGCGCGGCCGGCGCGCUGGCGGCGGCCGGUGCCGCGUCCUCCUCGACCGGGGGCAGGUCCUCGGCGACGAGGUCCUGGAGCGCCGGCACGAGCGCGCGCCACGCCCGGUCGAGGCGGCCCAGGGCCGGCGCGAGGACCGCGCCGGCGCGGCCCGCCUUGCGCAGGUCCGCGAAGGGCUGCUCGGCCGCGCGGCGGACCUGGGCGAGCGUGGCGGGCCCCCCGUCGGCGCCGACCGCGGCGGCGACGCGGCGCAGCGCCGCCGCGAGGGCCGCCGCGUCGGCCGCGUGCGCGGCCGCCGCCGCGUCGUCGGCGGCCGGCGGCGGCACCUGCGCCUCGGCCACCUGGCCCGCGAGGAACGCCCGGCAGGCGCGCGCCGCGGCCGCGCCGACGGCGCCCUCGCGCAGCGCGCGGGCCCGGCGCUCCGCCGCGGCCGAGCGCGCGGGCGCCGCGGACGCCGCCGCGCAGGCGCAGCCCAGGGAGCGGUGCGUGUCCGACGCCGCGUCGAGCGCGGCGACGUCGCCGAAGAGGUCCCGGAGCUCCGACGCGUCGAAGGCGUUGCUCUGGGCCCGGUCCUCGACGACGGCCGCGAGGCCCUCCUUCGCGAGCUGGCGCUGGUAGAUCUUCUCCUCGAUCGUCCCCGCCGUGAGGAGGCGGUAGGUGUAGCAGGGCCGCGCGUUGCCGUCGCGCCAGCACCGCGCGGCCGCCUGCUUGUCCACGGCCGGGUUCCAGGACCUGCGCGCGCGCGGGCGUCGGCACGACGGCGGCGACCGCCGACGCCGCCGCGCGACGAGUCGAAGAGGACGAGGCGGCUCCCGCCGAUCAGGUUCAGGCCGCAGCCGCCCGCCGUCGACGACAGCAGGAAGCAGAAGUGGUCCCGGCCUGCGUGGACAUCACCCUUUACGCCAUCGAGCCGACGCGGUCGCGGGGACGACGUCGCUCCGACAUUGAUGUCCACCCGGGUCCCGGCGCGCCGGGUCGUUGAAGCCGUCCGCGAGCUUCUGGCGCUCCUUGGACGGCGUGCGGCCGUCCAGCAGGCACCAGGGCCAGCCCUCGCGGACGCACAGCCGCGCCACCAGGGCCAGGGACUGCGUCUGCGACGCGACGACGACGCACCGCUCGUCCGUGGUCGUCCGGAGCUCCCGCCUGCGCGGGGCAGCGUUCCGCGCGAUCAUCGCGGCAUAAUUUACGCGCGGGUCCCCGCAACAGCCGGAACAGGACGUGGAGCUUGGCGGACUGGCGCUCCGCCGUGAAGCGGCCCGCCGACGCCACGGCCGCCAUGACGCCCUCGGCGUCGCCGUCCGAGUCGAGCAGGCCUGCGUCGGAAAAAAAUCAAACGCGGACACAAAUACAACGCGGGCGCGCGCAGGGGUGGUUGCAGAUCUUCUGCAGCUUGCCGAUCGACGCGAGCACGUCCGCCUGCUUGCCCCGGAGCGCGUGCCGCAGCCGCUUGUCCGCGAGCACGGCACCGUAGGCCGCGCGCUGCGCCGCCGUCGCGCGGCAGACGACGACCUGCACGAGCUUGCGCGGCAGGUGCGCCGCGUUCAGGCGGUUCUCGCGGCGGAGGAGGAACCGCGUCGCGACCUCGGCGAGGACCGCCUGUUUUCGCUCGCGGAGCGCGACUUCGUCGGGAUCCGCGCCCCGGGCCAGCCCCGCGGCGAUGGGCCGCGCGAAGCCCCGCCGGAAGGCCUCGGGCGGGCCCAGGACCCCCGGGUUCGCGAAGUCGGCGAGCGCGUAGAACUCCUCGAGGUCGUUCUGGAGGGGCGUGCCCGUGAGGAGGACGCGUCGUUUGGUCCGGAGGGCGCCGAGGGCCCGGGCGGUCUUCGUCUUCCGGCCCUUGAGGCGCUGGGCCUCGUCGCAGACGAGGAGGUCGCACGCCGCCGGGCCGAGGCCCGACGCGUGCGCCGCGAGCGACUCGUAGGAGAUGACGAGCACCUGGAAGGGCCGCGAGCCCGCGCCGAAGGCCGCGAUCGCUUUGGAGGGGUCCGCGUCGACGGCCUUGACGGUCACGCGCUCGCGGAGCGUCGCCGCGCGGCCGUUGAUCCACUUGUCGAACUCGGCCUUCCAGUUCGCCACGAGGGAGCAGGGGCACGCCACGACGACGCGCCGGAACGGCUCGGUCGCGGGCGGGACCGCGCCGUGCCGGAGGAGCGCGUAGACGAGCGCCACGGUCUGGAGCGUCUUCCCGAGGCCCAUGUCGUCCGCGAGGACGGCGCCGUAUCCUUGAAAGCCCGGGUGGUACUCGCGCAGGCCCGCGACGCAGUCGUAGAGGAACCGCACGCCCUCGCGCUGGUGCGGGCGCAGGAACUGGGCGACGAGCGGCGGCACGCGCACGGGCCCCGCCGGCGCCGGCGGCGCCGCCCCGGGGAACAGCGCCCGCCGCGUCGGGGCGGCGUUUUUCGGGCUCUCCGCGCCCGGCGCCCAGAGCACGAGGGGCUCGUGCGGCAGGUAGCGGGGGCCCUCGCUCGGCGCCGGCGCGCCCGGCCGCCGCGCCAUUGCGAGCUUGAGCGCGCCGCGGCGCUUCUUCCGCGGCGGGGGUACGGGCGAGGGCACGUCGUCCUCCGCCCCGUCGUCGCCGUCUUGCGUCAGCGUCGCGUGCACCGCGCUGCCGCGUGCGGCGUCCUCGCUCGGCGCCGGCGCGCCCGGCCGCCGCGCCAUUGCGAGCUUGAACGCGCCGCGGCGCUUCUUCCGCGGCGGGGGUACGGGCGAGGGCACGUCGUCCUCCGCCGCGGGCGGCGGCGGCAGCUCGGCGCUCUCCGCGAUCGGCGCCGGCGGGACCGCGAAGCCCGGGCGCGGGCGCAGCGGCUGGGGCACGGCUCCGGUCCGGGCGAGUUCGCGGACCGCCGCGACGGCGCCGACGCGCGCGCCCGGUGGCCGCGGCGGCGUCGAGCUCCGCGCGACGAGCGGCCGGAACUUCUUGGUGCCGGUGUCCGACGACUGCCGCGGCCGCAGCGGCGGGCGUCUCGUGCUGGAAGGAGCCAGCGGCUGGAAUUGCUUCAUGGCUGCUCCGCCGACCCCGUGUUGCCGUACAGCUGUUUUGCGCAGUGCGCCGUGUGUGUUGCUGUACAGCUAUAUCGCGUGUCGCAGCCCGUAGCUCUGUUGUAACGUUGGUCCCCGCUGGCUCGGUUCAGUCCACUGGCGCCGCGAACCGAGCAGCCAGAAUG